ACGCCGUUCACGCAUGAAUCCCAUCGCACUGCUCUCCGGAGAAGUCUAACCUCUGCUCGGGUCAAUUGGUGUUGUCAAUUGUUUGAUACAUUCAUUGCUAUUCCUCCGCACAUCAUGAAGUCUGUUGUUGCUUUCUCCACUCUUUCCUUGCUCGCUGGAGCGGAAGCCGCCGAGACUGUGCUUGGAGCUUACAUUUUCCACCGCCAUGGUGACCGCACACCCAAGGCCCUUGCCCCCACUAACCUGACCACCCUUGGUUACGAGGAGGUGUACCGCUCUGGCCAGUACUACAACUCUCGCUACAUCACAGGCGACAACAGCAUCAAGGGCAUCAAUGAGGAGAUCGUCAAGCUAUCGCAGCUUUCUGUCAGCUCUCCUGUCGAUAAUGUUCUUCAGAACUCCGCCAUGGGUUUCCUCCAGGGCCUCUACCCCCCUGUUCAGACCGUCCAAACCCUUGGUAACGGCAAUGAUGUGUCUGCACCCUUGAGUGGCUAUCAGUUGAUUCCUGUCAACACAAUUGAGACGGGUGCCGGCUCCGAGGACUCUGGCUGGCUCCAAGAUGCCUCGAGUUGCGCGAACGCAAAGACUAGCUCAAACAACUACUUUGUGAGCAGCGAGUACCAGAACACUCUCAAGGCUACCAACGACUUCUAUAAAUCGCUCGUUCCCGUUGUGAACGCGACCUUGGCCGUCGAUCAAGUCUCUUUCAAGAACGCCUAUGUCGUCUACGAUCUCAUCAACGUUGCAAAGAUCCACAACUCAUCCAUCCCCUCCUCGGAUGUGCUCACCAACGACACCCUUAACCAGCUCCUCACUCUGGCCAACCAGCACGAGUUCGGCCUUGCUUACAAUGCGUCCGAUAACAUGCGUGCCAUUGCUGGCAUGCAACUCGCUGGCGAGAUCCUCACAUACAUGAACAGCACCAUCAGUUCCAAGGGCACGAAGAAGCUCGGCAUCCAGUUCGGCGCCUACGCGACCGCCCUCUCCCUCUUUGGCCUCAUGGACCUGCCAAAGGUCUCUUCAAACUUCACCGGCGUCAUCGACUACGCAUCCUCGCUCGUCUUUGAGCUCGUCACCGAGGCCGACACUUCAUCUGGUUUCCCUGCUACCGAUGACCUCAGCGUCCGCUUCCUCUUCCACAACGGCACCGCCUCCAACACCUCCGAGCCCACGGCCUACCCCCUGUUCGGCGGCUCUUCCAACACCGUCUCUUGGAACGACUUCCAGUCCAACCUGAGCAAGUUCGCCGUCCACACCAGCGAGCAGUGGUGCACCAAGUGCGGCAACUCGACCGGCACCUGCGCCGCGUACGCCAGCAACAGCGGCUCUGCGACCACGCAGCAGAAGAGCGGUAGCAAUGGCAUCUCACCGGCUAUCGGUGGCGUCAUCGGUGCUAUGGUUACGCUGGCUGUUGUUCUGGGCUCGCUUGCGGCUUUCAUGCUGCUUGGUGGGUUCAGGCUCGUUAGCAAGAAGCACCUCGCUGGUGCUGGUGGUGUUGCGGCUGCGCAGGGCGAGAAGGUCAGCACCAAGGCUUAGGGUUCUGUUAUCUCUACAUAAAGAGAUUUGGCUAGCACUGCUAUGGCAGCGGGUGUGGUUGCUGACUUUGAUGAUAAUGCAAUAAUGAAGAACGAUUGAUAUACCCAUCUUCAUACCUCUUCUCUUGUUCUCGCUGAAGUCUUCUGCCUUUGAACCUGAUGCGUGUGGCCUACUGUCAGGGACUAGUAGGUUGUGGCCUAGGACUAGUAGGUUGUGGCCGGUUCGACCCAGGACUAGUAGGUUGGGGCCUGGGUCGAUCCACAAGCUCAGUUGUUGGUGAAGGAGAACUGGCUUGUUGUUUGGUUUCGGCUUGCUCGAGCAAGCCUUCCCUUUGCUUCUCUCUCACUUGUAUUUAUAUCGAGCUGCCUCCAGCCCUACUUUUAGCUGGCGUCUGCUAUUUUGUUAGUUUAGCUACCUAUCUCUUUUGCUAUCAGAUUGCUUCUUUUGUGCCUGUGAAGUCUGCCUUACAC